AAGCCCCUCCAUUAGUAUAAGCUCUAUGAUUGGAUCUGAUGCUUUUAGUACAGAGUACACUAUAAACUUUGAUAGCCAACAGUAAUCAAAAAGCUGGACGUGAUACUGGUUUCGUUGCUCAACACUCGAUUAUCAGGUAUUGCUUACACUAGAGUCUGGUUGAGUGAUUAGACAGAACAGAAAUAACUUGUUACGGCGAGCACAAGUUCAUUUUAGUGUCGUUAGCAGUUAUCAUCCGAACUUCCAGCCGUUGAUUCGGCGGGUAUCAAGUGCAGUGUGUAUCAUCAUUGGACACGCAACAUAUAUACGUAUAUCGAAUAAUAGAGAAAGUUGGUCGAGCGAAAUCAAACUCUGGUUAAAAUUAAAGUAUUGUAUUUUAGGAAAAAAAGGAAAAAGAAAUCAUUUAGGAAAAAGAGAAAAGCUAUCUGACAGUGUAAGAUGAAGAAACAUCAGACCAUAGUUUUUGUAUUUAAUGUUGCAAUUGUCUUGUUGUUGGUCUUCAACAGUGCUCACAGCGAUUCUCGUCGAUCGUAUGAGAAACCCCGCGCUGCUCCAUCAGGAAGUUGGAAGUGGCCUCUAAAUCAAAACAAUGCAAUGGGAGAAACCAGAUCUUUGACGAAGAUGAACACAGCUAAAAAUGGUAACAUCGCAUUUCUUGAUGAUCAUACCGCACCGAUACAACCGAGGGUGGGAUCAGUAAUACCUUCUUGCAAAGGGCAAAGCUACUGUGAAGAUGUUCCAAAUUAUCCUACGAAUUUGGUGAAAGAUAUCAUUGCCAAAAAUCCACAUCUUGUAAAUUAUACUUCUGUUGACAUGAUAGAUAUGCUCAAACCCAGGCUAGGAGAAGAUUCUAUUGAGACAGAAUCGUUCUGUGCAUCAUCUGAGCAUGUCGUCCUUCCGAAAACGGCGGAAAAUAUGAACAACGAGUGGAAGUAUAUUCUUAACAACGAAGAAUUGAAACAGGGAGUACGUAUAGAAAAAUGCAUUAAUGAAGGCCAACGCUGCAGCAUAAAGUAUGGCAUACCAAUGGGUUACGAAACCACAUGUAAACAAAAGUUCGUUUAUAAUCAACUCCUAGGCCUAGAGGACGAUGGUUCGGUUGCCUACCAGCAUUUUCGGUUUCCAUCUAGUUGCUGUUGUCACGUCAAAUUCAUCGGCACUUCGAUACGGAUUGGUGGAAGAUUCUCUUCUCCAGAGGACAAUCCCAAUAAUCUGAAACAUUAAU